CACCAUGACUAACAUCUCUUAUGCAUCGUUGUUUCUUCUCCUUUCUUUAGUCUCGACGUGUCUGCUUGUUGUUUCCCAUGCAGAAAGUCCAAAAGACGGUUUUACCCUCGAGUUAAUCCACCGUGACUCACCAAAGUCUCCGUUCUACAACCCCGACCUAACCCCGACCGAACGGUUCGCGGCUGCAGCGAACCGUUCAUUGAUCCGUUCAAGCCAUCAUGGACGAUUAACGGCGGUAUCUUCGGAUUUAACGUCGAGCGGAACAGGCGAGUAUUUGAUGAAGAUCGGAAUGGGAACUCCUCCGGUGGAAGUUUUAGGGUAUGCGGAUACUGGAAGCUCGCUUAUAUGGGCUCAAGGUCAGCCAUGCACGAAGUGCUUCGAGCAGUCAAACCCUCUUUUCGAUCCCAAAGCCUCAUCCACUUACAACAUCAUCAGUUGUUUAUGGACCCAAUGCAGCCUUCUCUCCCCCAUCACGUCUUGUGAGGGUAACUACGCUUGUAUGUACAAACAAACGUACCUCGACGGCUCGUACUCGGCAGGAAAUAUAGUGACCGAGACUCUAACCAUCGGUUCACACACGCUGCUGUCCACGAUUGUCGGGGUCGGCCACGAAAACGCCAUCGCCACCUUAGGAGGGUCAGGGAUCAUAGGGCUCGACUAUGGCGACGCUUCUCUCAUUUCUCAGCUCGGCCCUGUCAUCAAUGGUGUUUUCUCUUUCUGCUUAUCGCCGCCGUUCGAUACGAGCAGGCCCAGCCGUAUCAAAUUCGGUUCCGACGGUGUCGUUUCAGGUCCCUCAGCAGUCUCGACACCGAUAACCAAAAAACCUGACUCCAACGCUUAUUACUUAACGCUCGAAGCGAUCAGCGUCGGUAAAAAGAGGUUGAAGUUUCCGGGCUCGGCGAACGGUGGCGCCACUGAGGGCAAUAUGAUGAUUGACGUAGGAACCACGUUGACGUUUCUUCCCAUGGAUUUCUAUAAGCAAGUGGUGGCUGAGCUUGAUAAGGUGAUGAAGGCGGAGAAGGUGGCGGUGAUGGCCGGUUUCAACUUAUGCUAUAAAGUGCCGAUAUAUGUCGUCAACCUGCCGGAGAUACAGAUGCAUUUCAAAGGCGCCGACUUGAAAUUGAGCCCGUUGAACUCCUUCCCGAGGAUUUCGCCGGGGGUUGUGUGCUUGUCUUUCGUCGGAUCUCCGAAGAAUGUGUCGAUAUAUGGGAGCGCGGGUCAGGCCGAUUUCUUGGUUGGCUAUGACCGCAAUGCCGGGACCGUCUCUUUCUUACAGCAGGAGUGCAAUUAAAACAUAGCUUU